CUUUUGACUCACCAUGCGCCCAGCGACCUUGUGUGAAAUUCCCACUUCAAGCUAAGCACGUCGAAAAGAUCCUCAACCUACGAAAGACGAACAUGGCGUCGGGAAUUAUCCUUCCACAGGAGGGCAAGCGGAAUAUUCUGAUCACGUCUGCUUUGCCUUUCGUCAAUAAUGUGCCUCACCUCGGAAAUAUAAUUGGCUCAGUGCUCUCUGCCGACGUCUUUGCACGAUAUUCAAGAGCCCGAGGAAUCAACACUCUAUACAUCUGUGGAACGGACGAGUAUGGAACAAGCACAGAAACGAAAGCACUUCUUGAGAAGAUUACUCCACAAGAACUUUGCGAUAAAUAUCACGCUGUCCAUGCCGGUGUCUAUGCUUGGUUCAAUAUCAGCUUUGAUAAAUUUGGUCGAACAACCACACAGCAGCAAACCGAAGUCACCCAGGCAAUGUUUUUAAAGCUGAAGGAGAAUGGUUUCUUGAAGGAACUUACGACCACCCAGCUAUACUGCCUUGAGCACCAGUCGUUUCUGGCUGAUCGUUUUGUCGAAGGCACAUGCCCUCAUUGCAAGUACCCAGAUGCUCAAGGUGAUCAGUGUGAUCUAUGCGGCCGUCUUCUCGAUCCUCUUGACCUCAUAGAGCCACGCUGUAAAAUGGACGGCGCAAAGCCUGUGGAGAGGGAAACCACACACAUGUUUUUUGAGCUGGACAAGCUACAGGGCGAGAUUGAAGCCUUCUUCCAAGAGCGCAUCGCCGAGUCUCCUUGGUCUGUCAAUGCAACUGCCAUAACCGCAGCUUGGCUGAAGCAAGGUCUGCAAGCAAGAAGCGUUACGCGUGACUAUAAGUGGGGUACCAAAGUUCCAUUGCCUGGCUAUGAAGACAAAGUAAUCUAUUCCUGGUUUGAUGCGCCGAUCGGAUACAUUUCGAUCACUGCAACGUACACAGAUCAAUGGGAGAAAUGGUGGCGCAACCCUGAUGUUCAAUUGUAUCAAUUCAUGGGUAAGGACAACGUGAUCUUCCACUCCAUCCAAUUCCCUGCUUCGCAAAUCGGAACUCGUGAGAACUGGACGAAACUCCACCAUCUCUCGGCGUGCGAAUAUCUCACAUACGAAGGAGGCAAAUUCUCAAAGAGCCGAGGCAUCGGUGUGUUUGGCGACUCUGCACAGAAGUCUGGUGUGCCUUCAGAUGUUUGGCGAUACUAUCUUCUGUCUCACCGCCCGGAAAGUGGUGAUACGGAUUUCGACUGGGACUCAUUUAUCACAGCGAACAACAGCACGCUCCUAAAUAACCUUGGCAAUUUUGUUAGUCGUGUCAUCAAGUUCGUCGCGGCGAAGCAUUACAACAGCGUUGUUCCUGCCGCGGCAAACCACGAAGAGUUAUCUUUCAAGGAAUUCAAAGAUGAAGUCAAUGCUCUCCUGGCACAGUAUGUUAAAGAGCUCGAUGCUGUCAAGCUCCGUGCUGGUCUGGCAACCGCACUACAGAUUUCUCAGCUUGGCAACGGUUUUCUACAAUCAAAUAACCUUAGUAAUCGUCUUGUGGAGGAGGAGCCAGAGAAGUGCAACACAGUGGUGAACCUUGCUAUCAACCUCAUACAUCUUCUGGCAAGUGUAUUUGAGCCUUAUAUGCCUGAUACUGCGGCAUCAAUCAAUCGACAGCUCAAUACAUCGCCACAGUCGAUACCCGACCAGUGGAAGGUUGAUUCAAUUCAAGGUGGCCACAAGAUUGGAACGCCAGAAUACCUUUUCCAGCGCAUUGCGCCUGCUAAAGCUGAGGAAUGGAGAAAGAUGUUUGGUAAUCAAAAGGAGGAAAAGGCUAAGGAGGGUGAAAUGUCAAAAAAGGCCGCAAAGAAAGCUGCCAAAAAGAAGGCAAAAGAGGCGGCAGUAGCGGAUGGAGCUGUUGAGGAACCUACCGAAGCAACGCAGAAAUAAACGAGGAUGAUGCUUAUCAUCACGAUCAAAAUCAUGUUUUUGCAUCGAUGAAGAAUUGCUAGAUGGGCAUUCGAUAAGUCGACAAAGGUCGUCAAUAGAGAGGGCAACCUUUUGGCAAUGUGGAGGCAAAAAAGAUCGAUUUUUACACGGACUAUAUUACCCUUUAACAUCGCAGUCAAAUAAAAAUUGACUGGACGUCUAGAUCGCAGUUGGUCACUGGCAUGAAUGGUCCGGUCAAUAGUGUAGUUCGCUUCUAGAGCGAACCAAUGAUGAGCAUUAAGCAUUGAACUCUUUAUCCAGAUGAUCCACGUCAUGGUCCUCAUUCAUCGGUCAUAUCAGAGCAGGUCCACAUAUUGUCUGUCCGGCGGGACUCCUUAAUAACAAUGAUUAAUUGGAGUCCUUGAAGAGAGGCAUUGAAGCAAUUCAUAGACAUCAGAUAGUGCCUGGGUGUGAGUAUGAAAUGGAGAUAGCUUGGGCAAGAUCCAGCCAGA